CACUGGGUAGAGUAUGUAGGAGGUGAGAAAGCUAUUGAAAUCAGACAGGUUCGAAGUAUUCCAGCAGGAAGAACAAUAUUAUUGAAGAACUUUAAUGUUUUGAGGUAUAAUGAUGAAACAAAGAAGCAAGAUAGUUUCCCUGUUGCUGUGUAUGUGAACUUAGAUACAGGAGAUGACAUGAAAGUUUUUAAUACAAAGCUUCAAACGGUAGUGAGAGAACAACUGACUGCGGAAGGACAUCCAUUGCCUUCAGAAGUUACCAUAGCAUAUAAUUUUGAAACAAACUCAAUAGAUUUUAAAGUCAUCUCUGCAAAGAAGUCAGGUUUUACAUUUAAUGAAGCAGAUGUAUAUUCGAAUGAAAACUUCAAAGCUAUUGCAUGGUUAGAUAAUGACGAUUGCUUUAAGAAAAUAUUUAAAUACAGUGACUCAACGAUGUCAAUAGAUGACCUUCGUGGAAUGUUACCAUCGACGUUUACAGUAGAAGGUUCAGCAGGAUUGCUUACAAGAUUGUCAAUUGGUGGUAUUUGGUCUCGUGAGAACAUUGUUAUAAAAUCCAGUAUAAGUGAAUUUGCUGAAGAAUCUAUAUUAUGUCUUUCAAACUACAUGUAUUCGCCGCCGAAGCAUUAUAGUAUAACAAACUUUGUCAGUAAGUUUAACAUAAGACUUGUCGAACCUUCUUCAAUGAAAGAUGUUGUGCUACCCAAAGAUGGAAAGGAUGGACUCAUUAUUGAGAUGAUUUUAAUAGCAUAUUAA